CAGUAGUAGAUUAUACUCAAAAAAACAAUGUUUAACAAUUUAUGAAAUACUGUACGAAUAGGUAUUACUUUUGUACUCGGUACUGUCAUUAAACUAUUAUCUGUAUAAUCUUGCUAACUCGAGUACUAUACACUCGUGUUAUCUUAGUUCUAAAGUUUCAUUAGUAUAAUUCUAAUAACAAUUUACACUAUUAUUUUUGUUUUACACGUGUGAUGCCGAUUAGUUCGAUCGGUUAUUACAAAAGUAUAACACAAUAAUUUGUCUCAUAAUCAUGUUUUUAGCGGUGUCGUUGGCCUCGACGGUUUUAGUAUUCGGUUUGUCGUUUCUACUUCCUACCACAACAGCUGGUUUACGGGUCUUAGCCGUGCACACGAUAUCGGGUAAAAGCCAUUGGAACUUCAUGAAUGGAUAUUUGCAUUCGCUGACCGACUCCGGUCAUAACGUUACGGUUUUCACAUGGUUUCCAGAGGGCAAACGGCAGAACUACACAGAAAUCGUUUUGAAGGGGCCAAUGCGGACCAACAUGGAUUUGGUUGAAUUUAAAGAACGGCUAAGGCCUCCGAGAAAUUUAAUCAGCUACGUGGUACACAACAACAGGCAAUUUUGCGACAUCACAUAUGCAAAUUCCAAAAUGGGAUCCAUCAUGGCCGCGGGCAAUACCGACCAGUUCGACGUCAUUGUCACCGUGUCGGUAGCUUCGGACUGUAUGUCACACUUGGUCCAUCGUCUUGACCUACCUGUGAUUUAUCUCUUCUCGUCGCCAAUGCCUACCUACUUGGAGUCGUCGUUUCUGGGCGAAGAGUCCAACCCCGCGUACGUGUCGAAUUUCAUGUUGCCCUUCGGCCACCCCAAAACGUUCCAAGAAAGGUUGCUCAACUUUUUCACCUACAAGUACAGCACAUUCCUAUUGUGGUACACUGAAACGCUAGCCAUCAAGUCUAACCCCAGACCGUACGACUAUGUAGAAGCGGUCAAACCGUCGCUGGUGUUCGUAAACAGUCAUUUCGUCGUCGAACCGACCAGACCCGUGCCUCCUAAUAUCAUAGAAAUCGGCGGUAUUCAUCUUCCCAAACCCAAAGCCAUACCACAUGGCAUACUCGAGUUCAUUGAAAAUUCACCAAACGGUGUUAUUUAUUUCACGUUUGGUUCGACAAUAAGAAUGUCGUCAUUUCCAGACCACAUUGAAAAAGCAUUCAAACUGGCUCUGGGGCGACUCCCCCAGAGGAUACUAUGGAAAUAUGAGGGUGAAAUGCAAGACAAACCGGACAACGUGAUGACAAAAGAGUGGUUCCCGCAACGUGAUAUUCUUUUACAUCCAAACAUCAAGCUGUUCAUCGGACAUGGUGGCAUAUCUGGAGUGUUUGAAACCGUCGACGCCGGUGUUCCUAUGUUAGGGUUCCCACUUUUCUACGAUCAGCCGAGGAACGUUGGUAGUCUCGUCGACGUCGGAAUGGCCAUUUCACUUGAUGUGAUGAGCGUCACCGAAACUCAGAUUUUCGAAUCAGUCAAUAAAUUAAUUAACGAUAAAAAGUAUUCGUCUAAUGCUAAAUUGGCUUCCAAACGUUUCAAGGACCGGCCAAUGUCGCCUGCCGAUUUAGCCACUUACUGGACAGAAUACGUUGUACGACAUAACGGUGCACAACAUCUAAAGUCGAAAGCGUUUAAUCUCACGUGGUAUGAAUACUACCUUUUAGAUAUAUUAUCUCUGAUAAUCUUCACGUUUUUAACUAUGGGAUUUAUUAUUUAUAAGUGUUUAAUUGUCCUACGCAAACUAUUUUUAGACAAAUUCAAGUUGAAAGUCGAGUAAUUUUUGUACUACGCCUAAAUCAUCAAAAUAAACUAGUGUUCAUAAUAAUUUUCAUUUUAAUAUUUCUGGAAAAUAUUGUAAUAUUAGUAUAAUACCGUUUAAGCAUCGUUGAUACUAUAAUAAUUUAUUUGAACAGUUAAAAUAGAUUUUCCUAAAAAUACAAUUAAUUUACCCUACCUUGAGUUCAAAAAUUGUUAUCCAUUUUAUUACGCCUUUUAGCGUUUGAAACAUAAACUAUUUUAUUUACUACGUUUUUGAAAAAAAAAACAUUCUAUUCUUUAUCAGAUUUUACAAUAAAAUUAUUUUGACCAAAAAGCACAUGCAACAUUUCAUCCAGCGACAAGUAAGUUUAAAUAAAUCAAGUUAGGUAUACAAAUAAAAAACAUUUAUACUUCCCACGGUCGUACAAAUUCUGUAAUAAUACUAUUGCAUCCCAGAAUUGUAUUUAAAUCGUUUGUAAAUUUAGUUGUAAUUUUAUAUUCUCCGUAAAAAAAAUGUUUCGGAAAAUCAUUGUUGUUUAAAUCAUUGACAUUUAGUCCGGAGGAUAAAUAAACGCCCUGUAAAUAUUAAUGAUGCAAAAUGAAUAUAUUAGUCAAUUAAACAGUUAAUAUUAUAAUUAUCUCUUUUUUUUUUAAUACUAAUUUACCGGUUUUAUCGGACAAGAACUUGAUAAAUUAAAGGCACGGGUAAAAUUUUUCCAGCUAUUUCCCAUCAACGAUUUAAGUGAAUCACAACCUUUUUUCGUCGCAUAAACAUGAGCGUUAUCUAUCCAUCCACCAAUUGAUCCUUUCACGGCAAAGUUUACAUUCAUCUGUGACAUUAAAUUUGAUAGAUUAAAAUAUGAAUUUUAAAUCAAAUUGUAAAGUAAAUAAAAAAAUAAUCUCUAUUUUCUGAGCAGUUAAAUACUUAAAAAAAAGUCUUUUGGGUCGUGCAACAAUUUUAUGACCGUAAUGUAAUAUUUUCCUUUCUUAGAUAUUAAAAAAAAACAUUUAAAUUGUAUAAAUCUAAAUGUUAUCGGUGUAUUUUUAGAAACACAGUGUUCGAAAUAGAAAGCCUGUAUGCGUUAUAAAACAAAAAAAAAUGUCUAGUUAUAAAUUUUAGCUUACUGUUAAAUUUCAGAGAAAAAUUGCGUUGUAAUAAAUGCUUAGUGCAGAGGCCUCUUAAGGAGUGUAUGAACUGUAUACAAUCUCAUUAAUUUUAGCUUCCAUGCUGACCUGAGAAUGUAUUACCUAAAUAGUGGUGUAUUUUUAUUUAUUCGUGUCUUGAACUACGAUCAAUUUUAUCUACCUGGUCAAUUUAUUCAUGUAGCAAGUCUAUAAUUUUAAUAUUGUACAUAAAAAAUAAGUAAAUGUUUUUACAAAAAAAAAAUAAUAAAAACCAGACAGUGACAUUUCUCGAGGGGAUAGUCCUACAAAAACUUAACAAAAGUUCAAUAUUCAAUUCUUUACUAGUCCUCACAACAAACCAGCACGGUUGGAAAAUUACGUGCAUUUUAAAAAACAUUAUAAGUGAAUCCGAUAGUGAACUAUUACAGUGUAUGUAAGUACAAUAUAUUCUAAGAUUUUAUAUUGUAAUAAUGUUUUUAUGUAAAAACAUUAAAAUGACUUUACUUACGGACAACGAAUUGUCGAAUGGAAUCAAAAAUGUAAGGUUCCCCAUCGAUUCCACUAUAGUUGGGGAUUUCUUACUCAGAAAUAAGUUGAAUUUCAGCAAGUGAUGUUCUGUUGACUCACAAGAUGCAUAAGCCUUAGUCUUUAUUCGAUAUUCUCCCUGCAACGGAAUAUUGAAAAUAAAAUUGCUAAUAUAUUAUAUGAAAUUUGUUUUUUAUAUCAUUAAAUUUGAUAUUACUGCAGGUAAGUUUGGUAGAAAUAAUGGUUUAUGAGUUAAAGCCGUUGAUCCAUAAAAAAUAAUAUC